GUAGUGCUGACUUGGUACAUGUGAGUGGCAGCAUGGCAGCCCACCGCUCUGGUCCACUCAAGCAGCAGAAUAAAGCUCAUAAAGGCGGGCGGCAUCGGGGUCGCGGAUCCGCGCAGCGGGAUGGCAAGGGCCGUCUAGCACUGAAAAGCCUAAGUAAGAAGGUGAGAAAGGAGCUCAGCAGAGUAGACCAGAGGCACCGCGCCAGCCAGCUCCGAAAGCAGAAGAAGGAGGCGGUUCUGGCAGAGAAGAGACAGCUGGGCAGCAAGGAUGGCCCUCCUCAUCAGGUACUCGUGGUGCCCCUGCACAAUAGGAUUUCUCUGCCAGAGGCCUUUCGGCUGCUUCAGGAUAGAGACACUGGAACAGUACACUUGAAUGAACGGGGAAGCACCCACAGCUUUAUGCUCUUAUGCCCCAUCUUGAAACAUCGAUGGUUGUUCACAUCUGCAAGUCCAGGGGAUCUGCACACUGUACUAGACUUGGCUAAAGUGGCUGAUAACAUCCUGUUCCUUCUUGAUCCACUAGAAGGCUGGGAUAGUACUGGGGAUUAUUGCCUUUCCUGCCUCUUUGCCCAGGGCCUUCCCACCUAUACACUAGCAAUCCAGGGGAUUUCGGGACUCCCACCAAAGAAACAAAUAGAUGCCAGAAAGAAGCUAAGUAAAGUCGUGGAGAAGCGCUUUCCAGAUGACAAACUCCUUUUGUUAGACACUCAGCAGGAGGCAGGGAUGCUGCUUAGGCAGUUGGCUAACCAAAAGCAACGGCAUCUUGCCUUUCGAGAUCGGCGGGCCUACCUGUUUGCUCAUGAUGCUGACUUUGUGCCUAAUGAAGAGAAUAACUUGGUGGGGACCUUGAAAAUCUCAGGCUAUAUUCGUGGGCAGGCUAUGGAUGUAAAUAGCUUGCUGCAUAUCAUUGGACAUGGUGAUUUCCAGAUGAAACAGAUAGAUGCCCCUAUGGACCCUUUCCCUUUAAAUCCUAGAGUGAUCAAAUCCCAAAAGAACCCAGGCAUGGCAAUGGAGAUUUGUACUACAGAUGCUGUAGCUGAUAUGGAGGAAGACCUUAAGGUCUUAAUGAAAGCAGACCCUGAUAGACAAGAAUCUUUGCAAACAGAGGUUAUCCCAGAUCCAAUGGAGGGGGAGCAAACCUGGCCCACUGAGGAGGAACUGAGUGAGGCAAAUGACAUCUUGAAGGAAAAUUCCAAGGUGGUAAAGAAGGUUCCCAAAGGAACAUCCAGUUACCAAGCUGAAUGGAUUUUGGAUGAGGAUUGCGAAAGUGAUGGGGAAGGAGAUGAGUAUGAUGAUAUAGAGCAUGAGAAUUUCAUGGAAGAGGAAUCUCAGGAUGAGAGCAGUGAAGAGGAGGAAGAGGAGGAAUGUGAAACUAUGACUAUAGGAGAGUCUGUGCGUGAUGAUCUGUAUGAUGAGAAAGUUGAUGAAGAGGCUGAGGAAAAAAUGCUGGAGAAAUAUAAACAAGAAAGACUGGAAGAGAUGUUUCCAGAUGAAGUAGAUACGCCCCGUGACGUGGCUGCUAGAAUUCGAUUUCAGAAAUACAGAGGCCUCAAGAGCUUCCGCACAUCUCCAUGGGACCCUAAGGAAAACCUUCCUCGAGAUUAUGCUCGCAUCUUCCAGUUUCAAAACUUUACUAAUACCAGGAAACUCGUCUUUAAAGGAAUCAAGGAAAAAGAGGUUGAAGGAGCCGAGGUCGGCUGGUAUGUCACACUUCAUGUCUCUGAAGUACCUGUCUCUGUGGCUGAGCACUUCCAACGAGGGGCACCCUUGAUCGCAUUUUCUUUACUCCCUCACGAACAGAAGAUGUCAGUACUGAAUAUGGUAGUAAGUCGGCAUCCUGGCAAUACUGAACCUGUAAAAGCUAAAGAGGAGUUGAUCUUCCACUGUGGGUUCAGGCGCUUCCGAGCCUCCCCUUUAUUUUCUCAGCACACUGCAGCGGAUAAACAUAAAUUUCAGAGAUUCCUGACUGCUGACAUGGCCCUGGUGGUGACAGUGUAUGCCCCCAUCACUUUUCCUCCUGCAUCUGUGCUGCUUUUCAAACAGAACAGCAAUGGAAUGCACAGCCUCAUUGCCACAGGCCACCUAUUAUCUGUGGAUCCAGACAGGAUGGUCAUCAAGAGAGUUGUUCUAAGUGGUCAUCCUUUCAAAAUUUUCACUAAGAUGGCAGUAGUGCGUUACAUGUUCUUCAACAGAGAGGAUGUGCUGUGGUUUAAACCGGUGGAACUGAGGACAAAGUGGGGCCGCAGGGGACAUAUCAAGGAGCCUGUAGGUACUCAUGGCCAUAUGAAGUGCAGUUUUGAUGGGAAGCUAAAAUCUCAGGACACAGUACUGAUGAACCUCUAUAAACGAGUUUUUCCCAAAUGGACUUAUGAUCCAUAUGUACCAGAACCAGUACCUUGGGUAAAAAGUGAGAUUUCUUCAAAAAUGCCAGAAGUGGACAUGGAGUAAUGGAU